CACGACAAAAUACUGGUCACAAAUUAUUCAAACGGUUAUAUGAAAAACAAUCAGAAAAUAACCAAAUUUAAAAGCAUACGUUAGUGUCGACGAUUCUCCCCAGUUCAAACAAACACAAUAAAUAAGACCCGGUCAGGCGAACAGGAAGUGAGGAGAUUCUCAUGGCGCCCGACGAGAAUGAAGCUACAAAUGUCUCCGACCAAUGCCAGCGCUAUUUAGCUUAUCGACGCUAACGCAUACGGUUCUCCGAGGAAAUACAAGUCAUGGAUCCAGAGGAGAAUGAGGUGGAAAGCAGCAGUGAUGCAGGCACCUCAGGGAUGGAGGAGCCGUCUGAAAGCGGCAUGGGCAUGGAGUCAUCUGAGGUUAUGUCUGCAGACAGCAGUGAUGCUGCCUCUACUCAUGCACAAGCACCAGAGUCAGACUGCCACGUGGGACAGAGCUCAGAGGGACUGGUGGUCUUCGUCCCAGAGACCAGCUCUAGUACAGAUGUCAGAGUGUCAUCAGUUAACCUCCCAGACUCGUCGUCGGUGGCCCAGUCCACCAGUGUGUCCAGUGUGUCCACAGUGACUCAAUCAGUUCUAGUGUCAGAGUCAGCCCAAGUGGUUGUCCACUCCAGUGCUGUGUCGGAAGGUGCCAUGAUGGUUUCUGACUCGACUGCCUCUACCUCAUCAGACCUGGGCUCUGCCAUAGACAAGAUCAUUGAGUCCACCAUAGGGCCUGACAUCAUGAAUGGUUGCAUUGCAGUGACAAGUGCAGAAGAUAGGGAUGCAGAACCGACCCAAUAUUUCAUACUACAAGGCCCAGAUGAUGGUGCUCCUGUGGGAGCCCAUAUGUCAUCCUCAGCUCUGUCUAAUCGCAUUGCCGUAGAAGCACCUGCUGAGGGUCCCACAUCCACCUGUCUGGACCAGGGACACCUGCAGUGUAACUUGGAGCCAGACCAACCAGACGAUCAGCCUGGACACUCUGGUUACCCAGAAGACAGCAGCAAUCAGCCUGAUCAGCCCCAACACUCUCACCCCUCUCAGUAUAUGGACUGCAGUGCAGAUGGUCCAGACCAAACUGGGGAGUCAACAUCAUCUUACGUGGAGUGUUCAGGCGAAGAACCUGACCAGACGCGCUCCCAGUCAGGCUUCCCUGACUACAGUGGAGAGAACAGUGACCAUGACCUGCCCGGAUAUGUGGAAUGCAGCAGGGCUGAUUCGAACCCCACCAGCCGGGAGCAUUAUGUUGUGGAAUGCAGUGAUGGGUAUCUGUGCACUGUGGAUGAUGGAGUGCAGCCACAUCAUUCACGUUCCUACAUCGACAGCAGUGCAGAUCACAGGAUCAAGACAAGCCGGCAGUAUGCUGUUGAAUAUGGCGGCGAGUGUGUUGCAGCUGCAGAUUCUGAGCAGCCUGGGUGUUCUCAGUAUCAGGCAAGGAAUGGGGAUGAUGAUGAUGAUGAGCAGAACCAGGAUCCCGAUCAACCGCAGCACUCAGAACAGCAGCCCCAGCGUUCCUGUUACACGGAGAAUAGCAAUGGCCCUGAUGAAUCGCUUUAUACUGAUGACAGCUCCUCAUCAGACCACCAUGUAGUCGACACAGCAGAUUCAAGGGGGGUCCCCGAGGCACUGGAGUGCAGUGAGAGCCAGCCAGGGCCAUACAUUAGCAGCAGUGGCACCUACAACUCCAACCCGGAACCAGAGGUGGUCCCACAUUGCCCAGCCAGCCGAGAUGAGGCUCGGAGCUCCCAGCAGCCUCAGGACGACGCUAAAGUGGGCCAGGAAAUUGAUGCAUCAGUCGUGGCAGAAGGCUCUGCAGACAGGCCACCCAACCUGGCUGAGUUGGAGGAGAUGAUGGAAGUUGUGAUUGUGCAGCAGUACAAGUGCAAGAUGUGUCCAUAUAAGAGUGCCUCUAAGGACACACUCAUUAACCACAUGAGGGACAAACACUUUAAACCUACAAGGGAUUUGCAAACAAAGCGCAAACGUGGACGACCUCCCAAAAGUGCUGCGCUGGCCCAUGGCCAGGCAGAACAGGAGGAAGCUGGACAAAGGAAGGCCGCACAGGCAGCGAUAUCCAGGUCUGUUCAGCCAGAGGAGGAGGACGAUGAUGUUCCUGAUGCUGGUGCUCUUGAUAAUUCUGAAGGGGAUAGUGACUACAACCCAGGUGAAGAAGACUGCGAAGGAAGGUUCCCAUCCAGUAUUAAAAAAACGACUCCUCCUAUUUCCUCCUCCUCUCAAGCUCGUCCUAGACGUAAAAUUGGCCGCCCGAGGAAAUACAGCCUUCUGGAAGAAGGCUACAACAGCAAAGGUGAGGCAGAGAGUUUAGUAAAGAAGCCAAGAAUGAACGAAGAUCCAAGCGCUGCCGAUGAGGCAAGCUCAUCUGGCUUAGAUAAUGAUGGCCCCGCUCUGGUGACUGAUGGGGACAGAGCAGAGGCAGCAGUAAGCCAGUCCGACUCGGAGAACAAAGACCCAUCGUCCAACUCACAGCCAGAAGAGUUCUUUGAGCGAAAACGAGGUCGGCCCUCCAAGUGCUUUCUACGCAAGAAGUACAAGAAGCAUUUCAGUCGCAAUCAGUACUACAAAUCCCUCAAACCGCUCUUGAGACCUCACAGUUGUUAUAUUUGCGGCUCUCGCUUCCUCACUCAAGACGAUCUGCGCUUCCACGUGGAGUCCCAUGAGGGCAACGACCCAGAACUUUUUAAAUGCCUCCAGUGCAACUAUCGCUGCAAGCGCUGGUCCUCUCUCAAGGAGCACAUGUUCAAUCAUGAAGGUACGAAGCCUUUCAAGUGUGAGAAGUGCGAUUACUCGAGUGUCUACAGAAAAGAUGUUGUUCGUCACUCAGCAGUUCACAGCAAAGACAAGAAAAAAAACAAAGUAAUGGUGAUGACACUAUCCGAGUUCCCGUGUCCUGUGUGUCACAAGGUCUACCCCAUGCAGAAGAGGCUCACGCAGCACUUGAAGACCCACAGUGCAGAGAAACCACACAUGUGUGAUAAGUGUGGCAAAUCCUUCAAGAAGCGGUAUACAUUCAAAAUGCACCUCCUUACCCACAUUCAGACUGUGGGAGACAGCAAGUUCAAGUGUGAGUUUUGUGAUUACACCUGUGACAACAAGAAGCUGCUGCUGAACCAUCAGCUGUCUCACACCAUCGACCGACCCUUCAAAUGCGACUACUGUAAAUACUCCACUUCCAAAGAAGAGUUCUUAGUGUCCCAUCUGGCCAUUAAACACACAGGAGAGAAACCUUUCUCCUGCGAUAUGUGUCACUUCGUCACAAAGCACAGGAAGAAUCUGAGAUUACACAUACAGUGUCGCCAUCCGGAAGCUUUUGAAGAGUGGUCCGUCUCUCACCCCACGGAGCCGACCAAGAGACGACGCAAGCCUUUUUUCACCCUCCAGCAAAUGGAGGCGCUUAAAAAGCAACAUGAGGAAGGAACACAAGCCUUGCCCAAUAUUGUUUCAGUGGAUCCCAUAACUCUUCACACCAUUCAGGGAAUGGGAAAUGCCUCAGUGGCACAGGACGCACUCGGAAAUACCACCAUCAUCUAUGAACAAGGUGAAUCCGGUGAUCUCUCCUCCCAAAAUGCCCUGAGCCUGCUGUUAAAUAUGAGCAACGCUCGGGAAUUGGUUGGGAACUCCUUACAAGUGGCGGUGCUGAAGUCAGAUGGCAGUGCAGAGGUGAAAGCUUUGGAGGGAGAGUGGAGUGCAAUGCCCACAGUCCCGGGCCAAGCCCAGAAAGUUGUAACCGUCCAUGUGUCCGAGAGCGGCGAGACCGUUCUGCAGGAGGCCUAUGAGGCAACCACCUCUGGGACAGGAGAGCUGGCUCAGAUUGCUAUAGAAACCUAUGAGGACGAAGGGGAGUUCAAUAUGGUGGAGCAAGUGGCAGAAGUAGUCCAAAGCUCUGACCGCAGUAAAGAGAAGAACGACCCCUCUCAGCCUGCGGAGGAUUCCGAAGCACAGAACCUGAAAAGUGAAAAGUUCUACCUUGCUCCUGGACUGCCUGAAAGAGUUUUGCAACAGGUGGAGCUGAGCAGUGAAGCUCCCACCUCUCCUCCUGCUAUGAGCUCACUUGGUGUCAACACCAAGCGGUUCUGCUGUCGCAUAUGCAUGGAGUCGUUCCAAGGCCGUUCUGACAUGGAGAACCACAAGAGGGCGCACUUGGGUCCUAACAUCUUCAAGUGCCCUGACUGUGACUUCACCUCAAACUCCUGGCCUGAGGUCAAGGUUCACAUGGAGCUGCAUUCCUACCUGCGACCGCACAAGUGUUCCAUUUGCAGCUUUGCCUCCAAGAACAAGAAAGACCUGCGCAGACACUUGCUGACCCACACCAAAGAAAAGCCAUUUUCUUGCAAGCUUUGUGGCCAAAGCUUCAAUCGCAAUGGCCACCUGAAGUUUCACAUGGAGCGUCUCCACAACCAGGAGCACCCCACUCGUAAGAGCCACACCCUCACAUCCCAGCAGACCAUCAUAGUCAACAGUGAUGACGAGGCUCUGACUACAUUACAGUCCCUGCAGGCCCAUCAGACGGUCAUCAGUCCAGACCGUCUGCAGGCUCUCAGUCAAGAGCACAUAAUUGUAGCCCAAGAUCAGUAUCUAUCAAACCAGGAGGAGGGCACAUACAUUCAGCAGAUAACCACCAUAGAUGGACAUACAGUCCAGCACCUUAUGACAGGAGACAACCAGGUCACUGAGGUCCAGUAUAUCAUCUCACAGGAUGGAGUGCCGCACUUAAUCCCGCAGGAGUAUGUUGUAGUAGCAGACAGCAAUCACAUACAGAUGUCAGAUGGGCACAUCGUUCAAUAUGAGCAUGAAGGAGUCUUUCUGCAAGAGCAACACAUCACAGUAAGCCAUGACAGUCAGAUCCAGUACCUGCCUGCUAGUUCGGAGGAGCAAGAUAUGGAGGCCGCAGCCCACUCUGCCGUCACAGAAUCUGCACCUUUUCCAGCUGUAUGCCGUUAGAUUUAUUGCUUCCUGCCAAAACAGUCUGUUAUAAUUUAUUCCACCAAUGGCCCGCUUCCGAGCACGACCACUCCGCUGUGACAUGUCACACUCGAUGUGCUCCUAAGUACCGUACUUCCAGACGACUGCCGAACCCACUUGCCAAUUUCCUUGAGGGAAUCCUAAAGGGAUCAAUAAAGUAUUCUGUCUGUCUGUUCUAAUUUUGUGGGUGUAGGAGUUGAUAAUGAACGAAUAAAGUCUUUGGCAAGCUAAUUGAAAAGUGGAGCUGACCCCUGACUUACUGCGUAUGAACUCAAAGAGUGGUAUUUUUGGAUGUCCCAUACUAUCGGCCACCAAUACCAGCACUCUUGCACCAGGCUUGGCAUGGUCAUUUGUCACUUUAAUGUUCUUGAUGACUUCCACUCCUUUUGAGAAAGUCAUCUCGGCUGGUCCAUGUUUAUGGAUCAUGAUCCAUAAAGUCUGCUGAUAUACCAAACUUCUCAAAGAGUCCUGCGGUAUUCUGUGUCACAAAGUCUUGCAGUUAGCUAUCCUGGAUAAGCAACGUUGCAACUUUGAUGCAACUUUACCAUCUCACGUAUUGUAGCUGCUGGAACAUUGGGAUCAAAGGAAGGUGAGGCCAACUAACCUGCUCUGAAAGAUGUCAAAGUGGGAGACCUAACUCGGAGACAUUUACAUGGUUGUCUUUUUAUGCCUGCGGGUCUUUUAGCAAGCAGGCCAUUAGUCACCAAUUGCAAAAAUCUGGAUGUUUUAACAAUAAUAAACCAUGGCUUGCUCUUACAAAGUCAAAAGAUGAGAAAUGAGAUGCUGCUGCAUUGAGCUAUCCAAGCCCAACAACAAAUAUCCCGGGUUAUUGUUAGGUUAAGGCUUAGGGUUUUGGGGCCAGAGUAGGGUUGGUGUACCCUAUUACAACUUGCAAUAAACUGAGAGGACAAUUAUGUAGAAAUUGGGUGUGGAUACUGAGGAACUGAAGCUGAACUGGAAUGCUGUAUGGAACAUGUGCAAUUGGAGGACAUUUUUUGGAAUGUUAGGCUGGAUGUUUUGAUGCUAGAAUGGUUUGAAUUGGUUGGUGUGUUUGUGGAAAUUCCAUUCAUUUUGGGGAGAAUUUUUGGCGGGCAAAAUAUGGAAUAUCAGGAGACAUAGAUGGCCUGAAGCAUUUUAAUUAACUCAACUUAACUGGAGGUGGACUGGGUUGGCAACUAUAGAACUAGUAAAUACAUUCAGUAAAAACUUUUUUUGUUGUUGUAAUAUGUAAAGCACAUUGUGCUACAUUUUGGGUAUGAAAAGUGCUCUACAAAUACAGUUUGAUUGAUUGAUUCAAGAUCAAAGAGAAUUUGUUUCUGCAGAAAUUUAGAAGUUUUGGAAUUGUUUAUUAUUCUUACUCUUGUAGUGUUGAUCGUAAAAAUUGGGUGGAAUAAAAAA